GCUCCGCGCGGGGGGGCGGGCCGGGCACCCCGGGGAGCAGAGGAGCACUCUUUGCUUCUCCUUUCCCCCCCACUUCGCACUCCCGGGUACCCUCAAACCAGUCCACGCUGCUUCCCUCUCCCUCUCUUCUCGCCCCCCGGCAAACUUUCGGUCCCUUCCCCGCCCCUCGCCCGUUAUUCGUCGUGGCUCGAGCCCGGCCGCGCCGCCCCGAGGGCUCCUCCGGACCUCCCUGCCUGCAGCUCCGACCAUUACAGGAUCCAGAAACAUGUCGACCACACUUCUGUCCGCCUUCUACGAUAUCGACUUCUUGUGCAAGACGGAGAAAUCCCUGGCCAACCUCAAUCUGAACAUGCUGGACAAGAAGGCGGUGGGGACGCCCGUGGCCGCCGCCCCCAGCUCGGGCUUCACGCCGGGCUUCCUCCGACGGCACUCGGCCAGCAACCUGCACGCGCUCGCCCACCCUACGCCUAGCCCUGGCAGCUGCUCACCCAAGUUCCCGGGCGCGGCUAACGGCAGCAGCUGUGGCAGCGGGGCGGCCGGCGGCCCGGCCUCCUAUGGCACCCUCAAGGAGCCGUCGGGGGGCGGCGGCACGGCCCUGCUGAACAAGGAGAACAAAUUUCGGGACCGCUCGUUCAGCGAGAACGGAGAGCGCAGCCAGCACCUCCUGCACCUGCAGCAACAGCAGAAGGGUGGUGGCGGCUCCCAGAUCAACUCGACGCGCUACAAAACUGAGCUGUGCCGGCCCUUCGAGGAGAGCGGCACGUGCAAGUAUGGCGAGAAGUGCCAGUUCGCGCACGGCUUCCACGAGCUGCGCAGCCUGACCCGGCACCCGAAGUACAAGACGGAGCUGUGCCGCACCUUCCACACCAUCGGCUUCUGCCCCUACGGGCCGCGCUGCCACUUCAUCCACAACGCCGAUGAGCGACGGCCCGCGCCGUCGGGGGGCGCCUCUGGGGACCUGCGCACCUUCAGCGCGCGCGACGCGCUGCAUCUGGGCUUCCCGCGGGAGCCGCGGCCCAAGCUACACCACAGCCUCAGCUUCUCGGGCUUCCCGUCGGGCCACCACCAGCCCCCGGGGAGCCUCGAGUCGCCGCUGCUGCUCGACAGCCCCACGUCUCGCACUCCGCCGCCGCCCUCCUGCUCCUCGGCCUCGUCCUGCUCCUCGUCCGCUUCGUCCUGCUCGUCGGCCUCGGCGGCCUCCACGCCCUCUGGCGCCCCGACGUGCUGUGCCUCGGCGGCGGCAGCGGCCGCGGCCGCACUGCUGUAUGGCACCGGGGGCGCCGAGGACCUGCUGGCGCCGGGCGCUCCGUGCGCCGCCUGCUCGUCCGCCUCGUGCGCAAACAACGCUUUCGCCUUCGGCCCGGAGCUGAGCAGCCUCAUCACGCCGCUUGCCAUCCAGACCCACAACUUCGCCGCCGUGGCCGCCGCCGCCUACUAUCGCAGCCAGCAGCAGCAGCAGCAGCAGCAGCAGCAGCAGCAGCAGGGCCUGGUGCCCCCCGCGCAGCCCCCGGCGCCGCCCAGCGCGCCCCUCCCUUCCAGCGCCGCCGCGCCGCCCUCGCCGCCCUUCAGUUUCCAGCUGCCGCGCCGCCUGUCCGAGUCUCCCGUGUUCGACGCGCCUCCCAGUCCCCCGGACUCGCUGUCGGAUCGCGACAGCUACCUGAGCGGCUCCUUGAGCUCGGGCAGCCUCAGCGGCUCCGAGUCCCCCAGCCUCGACCCCGGCCGCCGCCUGCCCAUCUUCAGCCGUCUCUCCAUCUCCGACGACUGAGGCAAGAGGGCGCCAGUGAGGAGGAAGGGAAGGCCGUUCUGGGGGUGUCGGAGGGUGCCCCUGCCAUCUCGCCCCUGCUAGGGGCAGGGGGCCAC